AUGGCAAGGUUCGAUCCCGUGACCCUAUUGGCGCUGAUCGCGAUCACCAGCGGAGUGCUCCUGGUCCCGUGUCACGGUCAGGACAUUCUUGGAUCGCUGUUCCGGUGUCGCAACGAGUUCGAGAUCGACCCGAACGUGUUUGAGUCGCUCCGCACCGGAGACUUUUCCGUGCGCAAUCCGACGGUCGAGUGCUUCGGUGAGUGCUUCGUGAAGCGGGCCGGCUUUAUGAACGAUGAUUUCACCUUCAACCGCGACACGAUCAUACGCUACACGAGCCGGUUCGUGUCGAAGGAAGCGGCGGCCGAGGUGUACACGCGAUGUACGGCCAACGUCGCGCCGACAUUGUGCGUCACCGCCUUCGAGGUGUACCGGUGUAUCUACGAGCACAUCAACCAGAAGUGGAACACCACCAAGUAG